CUAUGUACUGAGGGGGAGGCCUGACCACUGCCCUGGGCUGGGUAGCACUGGGGAGGUAAGGGCUGUUCCUGCCUGCUGCGCCUCAGGGGAAGGGUGAGGGGCUUGUCAGUUGCUAGCAGCAUUGUCUGUUUCCUCCUGGGCUUCCUCCCAGGCCCAGCAGGGCCCAGAGUGUGCAGCCCAGAACCUGCUCAGGAAACUGCCACUUCCUGCCUCACGUCCUUCCUGUUCCUGCCUCCCCUGCUCGUGCCAUCUGGCCUGUGCCCCACAGCCCCCAUGCCACAGUAUCUGCUUUUGUUCGCUGCCUGAAAUGGAGUAUCUUAGCCCUUCCCCUCCUCGGGGCUGGGGCAGGACUGUCCGGAGGAGCUGGACGCCUAGCCCCUGUGUCCAUCCUCGAGAGGAUGGAGUGCGGGGGCAUGGGGAGGAUCGCAGGGAGUGCAGGCCAUGGGGCCUUGGGUACAUGGAGGCCUGGGCUGCCAUUUGCCUUGCUCCUCUUGGUGCAGCUGGUCAGGCCCAGAAGGUCGAGGUGGGAUAGGAACCCUGUUCUGAGCCCAUGGGACUUGGCAAGAGUUUGUCCAUUAAGUGCAGUGGGGGCAGGAUCAGGACUGAAUGGAAAAAGAGUUUCUGGCUCAUGUGCGGAGCUUCUCCCCUGCCAGACUUUCCAUCCUAGCCGCAGCAGUGCCCUGCUGCUCUGGGGGCACUUGCAUCUGCCACCUGUGGGCUUUGGCAUUGUGCUGUCGUUAGGAAAGCACUCGGCAUGAUCAGUGGCCCAGCCUCCAGCAAAGGGCCAUGUUUCCCCUGUGGGGGAUUCCCCUGGUACCUUGCACUCGCACUUCAAGGGUGAAAGGUGCUGGGCUUCUUUCCCCCAGCCCCAGCUCCUGAGCUGGGUUCUGGUCCUUCCUCUGCAGGGAAAGCUGCUGCACUAACGGGGAGGUGAGGUGCUGGCCUAACAACGCUGGGGGAGCCAGUCAUGCCCACAGCAGGCACAGCUCAGAGAGGAACACUGCCCCGCUCCUUGGGAGCCAGGGGGUAGCAGCCUCUGUAGCCCAGCCAGCCCUUGGCCCCUCUGCUGUAGCUGCCAACAGGGAGCUAAGCUGGAUGCUGGAUUUUGUGCUACUGAGACCCCAGUUUGCUGGUCCCAGGCCUCAGAACAGCCAUGGAGGGGUGUUGUCUGCUCAGCUGGGCUGGAUCCCCCGCACCCCUCUUGACUGCUCUCCCCUGAGCUGGUCUGAGGAGCCCCACCCCAACUCAGUGCUGUGGCCUGGGUCUGCAAAGGCUCCUGGAAGCACCAUUGGCUGCUGGGUGCGUGCGCGCAUGAAAGGUCAUGCUGCUGGCCCAGGGUCCCGUCUGAGCUCGGAGAGGGCAGCCACAGCCCCGUGUGGACCAAUUGUCCAGGAAUCAGCCUGGGGACAGAGCCCAGGCAGGUGACAGGAGCUCUGGAGCUUGCCUGCCUGGCUGGGUGGCAUGUGCUUGUUUUGGUUUCCCUCCCCAGCCCCCCAGGCGGGAGGAGGAGCUGGGUGUGGGAACCACCACGUCAGAUAGGAGCGAGCAGUUCAGCCUUGGCUGGGUGGCAGGGCAGAUCGACUUCCAGCCGGAUCCUCCCGGUGUGCUGCUCCCCGGGGCUUGGCUCUGGCUGCCUGGGGGGAGCAGUGCUGGUCCCACCUGCUGGUCUAAUUCUCCAUGGCAACAGCACAGGUCCCUCAUGUGACCUGUGACCCUGGCAACUGCUUCCUUGACUCUUCCCUAGCCUCUGCACCUGGGAGCUGCGGCUGCGGCAUGGGCAGCGUGGGCAGCCUGGUGGAGAAACAGGACUUGACGCCUGUGGAGCUGAGGGCGGGGCUGGGGGGCUCGCGGGGGUUCCGGCAGCCGGACGGCCUGCUCCGGAAGGGCCCGAGCCAGCGGGAGCUCUUCAGCUACCUGCACGGUGCCAGGAAGGAGCCCCGGGCCGAGAGGAAGCACCAGGCGCCGGGAGCGUCUCGGGACUACGAGAGCGACCGUGAGAACCAGUCCCCUGACCGCUACUCCCGUGAGCACCACCGGGGGGCAGACUUCUCCAAGAGCUCGCUGCCGGAGCGGGGCCGCUUUGACAAGUGUCGGAUCAGGCCAUCGGCCUUCAAGGCAGUGGCUGGGAAAGGCCUGGUGUCCAUGCAGGGCCUGGCCUCAUCCAAAGGGCAGAAGCUGUCAAAGAGCAACGGGAGCCUGCACACCCUCCUGUCCCAGAGCAGCACCAGCACCAGUCCCUCCUCCCAGCAUGGCCCCCUGCGCACCCACCUGCUGCACACCAUCAGCUUAGACGAGGCCUCCAAUUCCAACCACAACUCCAUCCAGAGCUUCCCCAUCUACCCUCCCCACUUCAAACCUGCCCAGGGCCAGUUCAGCGCCUCCAUGGGCCACAUCAACCACAUUGGGGGCUCCCUUGACAGGGCCUCCUGGGGCCCCAGAGACCCCCUGGCAGUGGAGAAAGCGCCUCUGUCCUGCAAGAGCAUGGCCACGCUAAGCCGGCUGCAAAGCUGUGGGGAGCCCCCACCCCCCUACGAGUUCACCUACUCCCUGGAGGACGUGGUGAAGCAGCUAGAGGACCGGCUGCACGAGAAGAGUGGGGAGCUGUGGCAGUUGAAGAGGAGCCUUAGUGAGACUGAAGACCCCUUCACACAGGUUUUUGAGGACAAACAGCAUCUGUGGGUGGAUGCGCUGGACGAGCUGAAGCAGAUGUAUGUCGCCAAGCUGCAGCAGGUGACCCAGCAGGCCCAGCGCAGCCAGCGGGCAUUGCAGCUGCAGCUCUACAAAGCGCAGCAGGAGAAGAAGCGGCUGCAGGAGGAGCUGAGCCUGCACCAGGGCCAGUGUGAGGAGCUGAGGCAGUGGCAGCAGCAGUGUGAACGUGUCAGCCCCAAACUAGAAGAGACCAGGUGGGAGGUUUGUCAGAAGGCAGCUGAGAUCUCACUGCUCAAGCAGCAGCUUCGAGACUCCCAGGAGGAGAUGGCUCAGAAACUCAGUGAGAUCUUCAGCUUGAAGACCCAGCUGCGGGAGGCCCGGGCAGAGGUGCAAGCCAAGGACUCGCAGCUGGCCCAGCUAGGGGACUCCUUCCAGGCCCCACCAGAGCCCAGCUCCUCCCUCCCUUUGGGGGAUGCUCCCAUGCCAGUCUGCCAGGACUUCUCUGGCUGUGAAACUGAUGACUCCAAGUGUUGGGGUCUUCACAGCGAGAGUGGGGAGCCCCCAGAGAGGCAGGUGGAGUGGCUGUGGGCAGAGCUGCUGCGUGAGCGGCGCCAGGCCCAGCUGCAGGCUGUGAACUUUGAGCUGGAGCGGAAAACCUGGCAGGAGGAGAAGGAGAAAGUGCUGCGCUACCAGAGGGAGAUCCAGGCAAGCUACAUGGAGAUGUACCAGCGCAGCCAGGCUUUGGAAAGGGAGCUGCGGUACCUGCGGGCUGAGCCCAGAGAUGCUGACCCCGACACCGACUCACCCUGGAUCGAGAGAGUCGAGUCUUCAAAAAUCUGAAUAGGAAGCCAGCAGCCUGGACUGGGAAGGGGCAAGAACUCUUGGGAUGGUACCCAGGCUGCACCAUGGACUGACUGGGUUAGCCAAGGGGGCUUCUCCAUCUCAGACUGAUGAACCUGUGACCACUGCAGGGCCAUCCCUGUGGGAGUCUCAAGAGCAAGUGUUACUUCUGCCUCUGCAGCAGGGGCAUGUGCUCCAACAGCUGCUUUUGGCAGGGCGAGUUUGCACCAUGAUUCUUACUGUCCAGCAAACAGAAGCCCAGCAUCAAGUGGGAUUUCCUGUUCCUCCUCCCCCAUCCCCUGCUGCUUCCUACCCCAGUGAGGGCUCUGGCCCUGCUAGGGAAAUGCCCAACUUCAUCUCCUUACGCUGUCCAAGCUGCAUGCCUGCCAGUCUUGCUCCAUGUCCUUCACACAGUGCUGGGGCCAGUGGGCAGUCCAGCCUGAGAGCUGCAGGCAGAGUGAACCUGCCCUGCUGUGCCUGUGCUGGGUGCCCAUGCAGGUAGCCUGGCCUUGGGCUUGAGGCCUGGGAAAUGUGAAACACGGAUGCUGGGAGCACUUCCUGCCAGGGCUAGAGCUGCCCUGGCACCUGGCUCUGCUGGAGUAUCUGCAGCAGGAGAAAAGGAGUGAUUAUAGGGCUCAUGCCACGGGGGACAGGUGCAGGGGCUUUGCAUGCCACCCAGGGCUGUGGCCUCUGUGCUGGGGCUUCUCGUGCUGCUUCAGAGAUGGAGAAGAGCUGGGUAGGUAUCCUGCCAUAGAGAAGGGGAGAAGGAAAGCAGCUCCUGCCAGAGAGCAUGCACCAUCACUCAGGCCUAUCCUCGCCCCCUGCCCAGCCGACGUCUGGGUAUGAAGCUUGCCUCGCAGAGCCUUCUUUCACCAGGAGGUAGGCUGUGGGUUGGUGCUGAGGGGUGGGCAAGGGCUGGCUAGCACCAUGGGGUGGGGCGGGAAGCUGGGUGCUCUGGAUAUGAAGGUCCAGGCCUGGCAAGGCUCUCCUCAG